UCUUACCCAACGCCUACGCAACUUUCUUUCAACUUUUCUCCAAACAAUCACCAGCCCUAUAUAUAUAUUACAAAUCCAACCCAAAUUUCCAUACAUAAAAGUCUUUGAAUUUUAUUUUCAUCUUCUUCUCCCAGUUAUGGAGUGUAGGACUUUGGAUCUUGUAAUCAAGUCCGCGAAGGACUUGAAGGAUGUCAAUCUUUUCUCCAAGAUGGACGUCUACGCCGUCGUCAAGAUCGACGGCGACCACAACCUCAAAUCCUCCAAGCACAAGACACCCACCGACAAAGAUUGUGGGACAAACCCGAAAUGGAACUUCCCUGUCCAGUUCACCGUCGACGACGCCGCCGCACAGCAGAACCGCCUCACCCUCGUCGUCAAGAUCAAGUCCGAUCGGAGCUUGGGGGAUAAAGAGAUCGGCAAAGUCAACGUCCCUAUCAAAGAACUCUUGGACGUUUUCGGAGAGGCCAAGGAAGCGAAAUACGUGAGUUAUAGCGUCACCACUCCCUCCGGGAAGGUGAAGGGCACGCUAGAUUUGUCGUACAAGUUCGGGGAAAAGUUUACCGCCCCUGAGCAGCAUAAGAACAAGCAUGCGGAGCCGGCGCCUGCGUACCCGGCUGGAUAUGCGGCGGGAUCUAGUGUGGCCGCAGCAUAUCCUCCGCCAGGAGCAUACCCUCCUCCUGCGUAUGCGCACCCACCGCCGCCAGGGGGGUACCCACCUCCAGCUGGUGCGUACCCACCACCGCAACCAGGAGCAUAUCCACCGUACCCACCGCAAGGUGGAUACCCCCCGCAGGCCGGGUACGGCUACGGCGGGUACCCGGCACCGGUGCAGCAGCCGCAGAAGUCGAAGAUGGGUGGGGUUGGGGGAAUGGCGUUGGGAGCUGGAGCGGGAUUGCUGGGUGGGUUGAUUGUUGGAGAUAUGAUCUCAGAUGCUGCAGAUGGCGGCUUUGACGACGGCGGCUUUGAUUUCUAGUUGUUGUUUUCUUUUCUUUUCUUUUUCUAUUUAAAUUUUGUUCUUCAAUUUCGUUUCAUAUAGAUAAUGGAUUUCUGGGUAUCUGUAAAUGGGAAGUAUGAGUAUGACUGCGUGAGAAUUUCUUGUGAAAUAAAUUCGACAUAUUUUCCA